AUGGACAUAGCUGCAUCGGAUGAUGUAGCAAAUAUAACUGACACGCUCCUGAAUUACAACAUAGCUGUUCUGGGGAACUGCACCAACAAAGUGGAGGAUCUCAGAACGUCCUACCUGCCGCCGCUCUACGGCUUGAUCUUCGUCGUGGGCUUUCCGGGCAACAUCAUUGCAAUUUUUGUGUACGCUUUCAAGAUGAGACCCUGGAAGAGCAGCACCAUCAUUAUGUUCAAUUUAGCCUGCACAGAUUUAUUGUAUUUAACUUGCCUUCCUUUCCUGAUUCACUACUACGCCAACGGGGAACACUGGGUCUUUGGACACUUCAUGUGCAAGUUCAUCCGCUUUGGUUUCCACUUCAACCUAUACAGCAGCAUCCUUUUCCUAACAUGCUUCAGCGUCUUCCGAUACUUAGCGGUCGUCCACCCCAUGAGGACUUUUCACUUCCGUAAGAGGUCAUGCACUAUUGUGGCUUGCGUCGCAGCUUGGGCCGUUUCACUGGCUGUUGUGACGCCUGUCAACUUUUUGAUUACCUCCGCGGAUCAAGAGGACAAAUCUAUUUGCCUUGACCUUACUAGUUCCAACGACCUGGAUGUUAUUCGGUGGUACAACUGGCUUUUAACGAGCCUGAUUUUCUAUGUGCCUUUAAUAACUGUGACCACUUGCUACGCCCUGAUAAUCUACACCCUGGCUACGGGGCCCCACACUCAAAACCCUUAUAAACAGAAGGCUCGUAAACUCGCCUUGCUCCUCCUGGUGGUCUUUUAUGCGUGUUUUCUACCCUUCCAUGUCUUUAGGAUUGCCCGAAUUGAAUUAAGGCUGUCUCCAGUCAGCUGUGAGGCUGAACACCAAAUCCACGCCAUCUACAUUAUUUGUAGACCGUUGGCUGCCCUGAACACAUGCGCCAACCUGUUGCUUUAUGCAAUCAUCAGUGAUAAUUUCCAGCAGGCUAUCCAGUCUCUUGUGAGAUGCAGGUUUAGCAGCUACCUACAACAAACAGGGAGUAACAGUGAACUGAAAAAAUCUGGAAUUAUAUUAAAAUUAUGA